AAGUCAUUUGGCCUCAUGAGCAAAAGAUACAACUUGCUCUCAUGGAGACAUUUGGAGACGUUAAAGAGAUUUGGGGUGAGUGACAUAAAUAUAGCGAUCAGCGGGAUAAUUGCGGCUGGGAAAGUAGUUUAAGGCAGAUUCGGGUCUGUCACGGUGUGUUAAUAUAGAAUAAAUGUAACAAACCGAGAUUAGGGUUUAGAACAUAUUAAGCAACGAUACAGAAACUGCAGUGAGACGUGCAAGGCGUUCACUGUUAUCUUUAGAGAGAUGUUCUACACAAGAGGUGUUUCCAAGAACGAACCCGGAUGUUGCAUAACGGACCGAUACUUGCAUCAGGAGAUGGGUGUUUGUGUCGCAUGCGCAGUUCGUAUUUUCGGAAUGUCGCUUUGCAUUUGCCGAAAAGUGCCAGAUCGGCGCAUGCGUACUAGUACGGCCUGCGCGUUCGCGUCUAUGGCGAAUCAUCCCGUUCCUUUGCUCGUCCGUCGGAAGUGCAUGCGCGUUGGACAAAGUGAUGAUGGACAACAAAGGGUUCCGCCGUUCCAGCCUUAACAGUUUCAACAGCAGUACGAGCGAUGAAGAUAUGGUUGAGAUCACUGAAGCCACCCUUGAUUUCACCACAUCUGAUGAUGUACCUCCUAUAGACAAAGAGAUGGUUUCAGGGUUUGCAUCAUAUAAUGGAGAUGGAGUAAACGGGUCGAAUAAAGUCAUGGACUUCCUAGACGUACCUGGUGUGGGUACAUAUGAGGACUUUAACACAAUAGACUGGAUGAGGGAGAAGUCAAGAGACAGAGACAGGCACAGAGAGAUCCUGAGUAAGAGUAAAGAGUCCACAUGGGCCCUCUUACACAGUGUCAGCGACGCUUUCUCUGGAUGGAUGCUCAUGCUGCUAAUUGGCCUUUUUGCUGGUUCCUUGGCAGGUUUGAUUGACAUAUCCUCUCACUGGAUGACAGACCUUAAAGAGGGCAUUUGUGUGGAGUGGUUUUGGUUCAAUCAUGAACAGUGCUGCUGGAAGUCGGACAAUGUGACCUUUGAAGACCCAAAUAACUGUCCAGAGUGGAGAAGCUGGUCCCAGCUCCUGAUCAGCCAGUCUGAGGGGGCUUUUUCCUACAUCCUGAAUUACUUCUUGUAUGUGGCGUGGGCGCUUUUUUUCUCGCUCCUCUCUGUGCUGCUGGUUCGUAAUUUUGCACCAUAUGCAUGUGGAUCCGGAAUUCCUGAGAUUAAAAGCAUUUUAAGUGGAUUUAUAAUCCGUGGCUACCUGGGGAAAUGGACACUGAUUAUUAAGACUAUGACACUGGGGCUGGCUGUGUCUUCUGGCCUCAGCCUGGGGAAGGAAGGUCCUUUGGUCCAUGUGGCCUGUUGCUGUGGGAACAUCUUGUGCCAUCUUUUCACCAAGUACCGCAAGAAUGAAGCCAAAAGAAGGGAGGUACUUUCCGCUGCAGCUGCCGCCGGAGUGUCUGUGGCUUUUGGUGCCCCUAUCGGAGGAGUUCUUUUCAGUCUGGAGGAGGUCAGUUAUUACUUCCCACUGAAGACUCUGUGGAGAUCAUUCUUCGCUGCCCUGGUAGCAGCCUUCACGUUGCGCUCCAUUAACCCUUUUGGUAAUAGCCGCCUAGUUCUCUUCUAUGUUGAAUUUCAUACACCUUGGCACCUGUUGGAGCUCAUCCCAUUUAUCCUGCUGGGAAUUUUCGGGGGACUUUGGGGUGCUUUCUUCAUUCGAGCCAACAUUGCCUGGUGCAGAAGACGGAAGACGACCAAAUUGGGUCGGUAUCCAGUGAUAGAAGUACUUGUUGUCACAGGUAUUACAGCUCUCUUGGCUUUUCCCAAUGACUAUACCCGGAUGAGCUCUAGUGAGCUGAUAUCUGAACUUUUUAAUGACUGUAGUUUGCUCGACACAUCAAAACUUUGUGAUUACAAUAAUGAUUUCAACAUCACAAAUGGAGGAAUCCUCCCUGACCGUUCAGCUGGCAAAGGGGUUUAUACAGCUUUGUGGCAGCUCUCUCUUGCACUGAUCUUCAAGGCAGUUAUCACCAUCUUCACUUUUGGAAUGAAGGUACCAUCUGGACUUUUCAUCCCCAGCAUGGCUGUGGGUGCCAUUAUGGGAAGACUCAUGGGAGUCAGUGUAGAGCAGUUGGCUUUCUACCAUCAUGACUGGACAAUUUUCAAGGGCUGGUGUAACCAAGGAGCGGACUGUGUCACGCCAGGUCUCUACGCGAUGGUAGGAGCAGCUGCUUGUUUAGGUGGAGCCACACGGAUGACUGUGUCACUGGUUGUUAUAAUGUUUGAACUGACCGGUGGUCUGGAAUAUAUUGUGCCUUUGAUGGCUGCAGCGAUGACCAGCAAGUGGGUGGCAGACGCCCUGGGACGUGAGAGCAUCUAUGAUGCGCACAUCCGCCUAAAUGGAUACCCCUUUUUGGAAGCCAAAGAAGAGUUCAGCCACAAGACGUUGGCUAUGGAUGUGAUGCGUCCGAGACGCAAUGACCCAUCGUUAAGUGUCAUCACUCAGGACAGCAUGAACGUGGGGGAUAUUGAGGCGCUUAUCAGUGAAACCACCUACAGUGGCUUUCCAGUAGUGGUUUCCAGAGAAUCACAAAGACUAGUGGGCUUUGUCCUCAGACGGGAUCUGAUCAUCUCAAUCGAGAGUGCCAGGAAAAAACAGGAGGGCAUAGUGAGUGCCUCUCAGAUUUACUUCACAGAACACACACCACCUCAGCCACAAAGCUCUCCACCCAGCCUGAAACUUCGCACUAUUAUGGAUCUCAGUCCCUUUACCAUCACAGACCAAACGCCAAUGGAAAUUGUGGUGGACAUUUUCCGAAAACUUGGACUACGACAGUGUCUGGUGACGCACAAUGGGAGAUUGCUUGGUAUUAUAACAAAGAAGGAUGUCCUAAAGCACAUAGCACAGAUGGCCAACCAAGAUCCAGACUCGAUAUUGUUUAACUAAAUCUAGGAUGAACUAUGGAUCUUGUUGAAGCCAUAUACACGUUAUCCUGCACCUUCAGACUGUGAAGAAUGGUGUCUCAUUUCAUAUAAUGGAGCUGCUGACACUUUACCUUUGAUGAUCUCAAAAAUAAUGGGGAAAAGGACUAUGUAAACAGAUCAAUUAAAAUGUAUCUUUCUGCCUUCACCACUCCUUAUGCAGCAAAUUUUGCACAUCAAACCUUGCCUAGGGCAUAAUUUUGGUUGUAUGACUAUAGAGCAGGUACUUUAAUUGAAAUUUAAAGCAGUAGGUGCUUGUAAAGAAAAUGGUGAAACAGAAAAUAAAAUAAAACAAAACAAUGCAUGUUUGUAUAAGAGAAUGCACCUUUAAUUAAAGGAUAAAUUCAAUAACUAUAAAAAUAGUUUUUGCAGAUCAGCUGAUGGCGAUUUUAAUAUCAAUAUAUUUUGCUUAUGGGCUUUGACUAGCCAGCACACAUUCGAAAGAAAAUGCAAGACCCUUAAACAAAAGUGAAGUCUGUUAAUCCCAUGCUUAAGUUAAAUGAAA